CAUGGGGACACAGCGGAGUUCUGCGCCUCUGCGUGCUUGGGAUGGUUGGAGUCGCGAUUAGUGGUCCAGCUAAAUUAAAUCAGGUGGCAGAACGGUACGGUUUGCAAUUAGAUAAGAGGUACAUAAAGUGUAGGAGGACCAAUGAAAAACAGGCAAAAAAGCGCAGCGACUGACUUCCAAAAGGAGUGACUUCAUUUUACACAGCAACUUUGCACCUUGGUUUUUUUUUUUUUACCAGACAGAAGACUUACAUGAAUCAAGUGUAUAAAUAGUGCUAUAUAGUGACUUUUAAAUUACAAGGGCAUAUGUCUAUCUUAGUUUUAGUACGUGAUUUUUGCAUGUCAUCACACGGAGGAGUUUCCUACAAUGAUGGGAGCCUCUCGUCUGCCACAGAAUAUCAGAGCAGCCAGGAGGAAUGACGCCAAACCACUGCUAUGCAGUUAGGCUGCCCUUGAUAAAAUAUGACGCUUCAUAAGAAACCGCAGUUUCCGAAAAUGUGAAAUAACAUCAGUUAUAUAGAUGCAUCAGUACAUCAGUUUAUACAGACCAAUUGCCAUGAUACAUUUUAAGAGAUUGAAUGUGAAGAUUUUUUAGCUUCUAAAACAAGAGAAUAAAAACAUCUAGAGAUACAUGACUGCACUUUUUAUUUAGUUUGAAAUUCUUGGUGUAUUUGCUUUCUUUGGAGAAGGCCUAAGAACUGUUUCUUUCUGCAUUUCAAUGCACAUCUUCUAUCUUAACUGGGAGGUAAGUACGUCACAGGAACAGUUUUCACUUUGCUUGGGUAGAGGAGGCUGUUAAUUUCAUCCAUCAUUUAUACAAUAUACAGUUGUUAAGAAAAGCUUCAUGGUUGUCACUUGUGCUGUGAUUGUCAUGCAUUAUGCACUGGAGUAAAUUGCAUUCAGUGACAACAUUUAUCUAGAAAAUAUGAAUUUGAGAGAAGAAUCUGUGAUGUCAAUUAAUCUACAAUUAAGUGUGGAUUCUACCCGAAAGUGAUUUUUGAAUUAUCCAGAUUUCUUUAAAAUGCCUUACCAAUUAAAGUAGUUAGAUGCGCAUUUUGACACAAAACCAGACUGUUAACUCUAAUAAGUGUCUCAUGUCCUCAGCUAGCUGUACUUUCCAUGGUUUCUUUCUCCAACAGAUUGGGAAACAGAAUGCCAUUUGAUGGAGCCAGUGAACCUGACCAUGCCCGUGGGUCAUUAAAGUCAGAAUCAGAUAUUUUGCAGAGCACACUACCUGAAAAUGAGAAAUUCUAUUUUGAUCUGUCCAGAAUUAUUGAUAGAAAUGCAAGGCAUGCUGAUGGAAUUUUCACCAGUGUCUACAGCCAUCUUUUGGCUAAACUUGCUGUGAAGAGAUACAUGCAUUCGCUUAUUAGAAAACGAGUUAGCUCCCAGGACAGUCCUGUCAAACGCCACUCUGACGCUGUCUUCACCGACAACUACAGCCGCUUUCGAAAGCAGAUGGCUGUGAAGAAAUACUUAAACUCAGUCUUAACCGGAAAAAGAAGCCAGGAAGAGCUAAAUCCUGCUAAACUUCGAGAUGAAGCAGAACUUCUUGAACCAUCCUUUUCAGAAAACUACGAUUCUGUAGAUGAGCUGCUCAGCCACCUCCCACUGGACCUCUGAAGGACACCUGGUAAAGUCUGUGACAAGAACAAGCUAUUUUUGAGUUCCACAUAGUAUUUCAAAGAGAUGACUUUAGUCAUCAAACCAGAACAAAUAUGUUGUGAAGUGAAAGUUGUGAUAUAUUUGUUUCUUACGUAAUAAAAGUUGAUAUUUACAUUGUAAAUAUUACUCUAGAGUUCUCUACUGAAAGCUGUACAUAUGGAUGCCAGUUUAACUCAUGAGAAGUCUGUGAGUCCAUAUGCUGUAAAUCCUUUACUUCAAUAAAUUCAUUUGAAAAUGAGUGUGCAGCUGAAAAGAGCCCAUCAUGACUAAUUAAUUGGCUUAUUUCAGGUGUGUUACAACUUCAGACAAAUGUGUAAUAACAAGGAAACAUUUCUAGAUAGCCUCAUAAAGAACAUGUAACAACAUGAGGAGAAGAAUGUCCCAAGUAUGUAAAACUGCUUUGCAAAGAUCUCUGAAAGUUAUUGCCAUGCAAAAGGGAAUGCUUUUCUAGCAGUUUACCCAGCAAGUAGAAAAAAUGAAUAAGAAUUAAAAAUGUUUUGACCGCCAGCAGUAUCUUUACUUCUGGUUCAUAUUUUUAAUAUUUCACAAUGUAUAAAUUAUAUUAAGACCAGAAAUAUCUCCUUUAUUUUCAGCUGUGUUUCAGAUGCUCUGGAGCUGGCAAAGCGCUAAAAGAAUGCAAUCUUUUGACUUGUUUGAUGCCUAAAGUCAUCAGUUAUUCUACAUUUAAUUGUCUGUAGCUUUGAUGAUGAAACUAUUGCUUAUAUAUAAAAUAGACCUGAAGACAGUUUACUAUUUUUUCAGAAUGAAUGUAAUUUACAGAUUAUGCAGACAAUAAAUAAUUUUAUUAUCA